CCCACCGAGGGCCUGGCCCCAGCAGACAGCCUGAACGACCCGGCGUCAGAGAGUAACGCCGAUGAGCUGGCUGCUGCAGUGACCCAGGCUGUGGCCCGGCUAGCCCCGUCCUGCACCUUAACCCCCACUCAGACCAUGAUGCUGGCCAGCCCGGCUAAGAUACAGGCAGCUACGACCACGGCAGAGGUGGUGAAUGGAAUAGAGUCUGCUGCUGGGAGGCCAGGACCGCCUCCCGCGGUGGCCAAAGCCCCGCUGAAGAAAGACAACCAGUGGUUUGACGUUGGCAUCGUCAAGGUCACCAACACGGUGGUCACGCACUACUACCUACCCGACGAAGACGCGGCUGCUGUUGAUGAUGACUCUGGGACGAUCCCGGACUACAGUCAGAUGAGGAAGAUGGAUCUCCAGCCAGGGACGGCCUAUAAAUUCAGGGUGGCCGGGAUCAACACCUGUGGCCGGGGGAACUUCUCGGAGGUCUCAGCCUUCAAGACCUGUCUACCAGGCUUCCCCGGAGCUCCCUGUGCUAUCAAGAUCAGCAAGAGCCCAGACGGCGCCCACCUGACCUGGGAGCCUCCGUCGGUCACAUCUGGUAAGAUCAUUGAGUACUCGGUGUACCUGGCCAUCCAGAGCGCCCAGAGCGGGGAACAGGCCAAGCCCACCACCACCACCACCCCAGCCCAGCUGGCUUUCAUGCGGGUCUUCUGUGGGCCCAACCCCUCCUGCCUGGUGCAGUCGUCCAGCCUCUCCAACGCACACAUAGACUACACCACCAAGCCUGCCAUCAUCUUCCGUAUCGCAGCCCGCAACGAGAAAGGCUACGGCCCUGCCACGCAGGUCAGGUGGCUCCAAGAGAUUAGUAAAGAUGGCCUUGCAGGUAAACCUACUGUUAAGAGACCAGGCUCCUCGCCUGACAUGAAAGCUGCUGGUCCAAAGAAGGCCAGAUCAGACCA